UCAGUUUUCUGUAAUCGCUUUUCUGCUGCUACCUCCAGUUAAAUAGCAAGGACACGGGAGCGAGCAGACGGCCGUGUGAGGAUAUACUUUUUUUCGGUACCUUGGGAUUACGACGCGGAAUUGCAGCAUCGACGGCCAGCCGCCAGGGCCCACGAUGUCCAGCGAAGUGCAGAGACCGGACGACAGCCCCAGCACCAGCGGGGGAAGCUCAGACAUUGAACAAAGGGAAUCGGUACCACCUGAGCAGGAGCGAGAGCAAGCACAGCCCAAAAAGAAGGAGACCAAGAUCUCGAGUAAAACUGCUGCUAAACUUUCAACUAGUGCCAAGAGGAUUCAGAAAGAGCUUGCAGAAAUAACACUAGACCCACCUCCAAACUGCAGCGCCGGCCCCAAAGGAGACAACAUCUACGAGUGGAGGUCGACCAUCCUGGGACCCCCGGGCUCCGUGUACGAGGGAGGCGUCUUCUUCCUGGACAUUGCCUUCACGCCAGACUACCCCUUCAAACCCCCCAAGGUCACAUUUCGUACGAGGAUCUAUCACUGCAACAUCAACAGUCAGGGGGUGAUCUGUCUGGACAUCCUGAAGGACAACUGGAGCCCCGCCCUCACCAUCUCCAAGGUGCUGCUGUCCAUCUGCUCCCUGCUCACAGACUGUAACCCAGGUAAGACGAGGACACCAAGGCUUGGCGUGUCAGGGGACCUGCUCCAUCAAAGUUUAGAGUUUAGACAGUCGAGUUUUUCCCACUGUUGGAGGUGUAAUAUCGAAGUUGCCCCUCAGUGUACAGCAACAAGUGGCACUGACUCAUUUAUCAGAAAACAGAACCCGUUUGCCGCAGGAGAUAUCAGUGACCACGGUUUAAAACGCUUCUCAGUUUGUUUUUUUUGUGUGUGUGUGUGUCUGUCUUUCUUUCUGGCUCUCUUCAAAUCUCACUUAUUUCUGCACUACUUUUCAGAUAUUACGUAUAUGUAGCAGGGGAGUAAUAGGAGAAGUUUGAAUGGAUGUAAGUGUUCAGGCUCAGGUGCAGUUCCAGAGAUGUGAUUUGAAUCACCUUUCUCAUUAAAUGGCACGUAAAUAGCAUUUCCAGUGUUUUACAAAAGAACAGGAACCUGAACCUCAUGCCUCGUAAUUGCUGGUAAGUUUUGUGGGUGCUGACACCUUGACAGGAAACCCAGCGUCAUCUGGGCAUCCUAUUCUAGUUUAUAAAUGUACUGGGCUCGUAAGAGUGAAAACCGCCAGGGAGUUUUGCAUUUUACCAGCCACUUGGAGCCACAGGCGCGUUAGUUGUGUGCCCCCAAUGUCUCACUUAACACACUUUGUUUGUUCUGAAAGUUUUGCUCUAAUAAAAGAUUGUGUUAGGAUUGAACUGUGUGAUUCUGCUCAUGUACAAAUAUUUCAGUCUAUAUUGUGGGGGCAAAAAAAAAUCCCCGUCCAUAAAAGGAAUUCUUUAAAGACUGAUUUUGAAACGGGUAAAUUGCUGUAGUGGAAUCUGUGCUUAAAUGUCUUAAAAUAUUGUCAGAAUUUUUAAAAUAUUAAAAAUGAUAAUAAAAA